ACGUGUUUCCUCGUACAGAAUUCCACGAAACUUCCUAUCCAAACAAAGCUUUAAGAAAACUCUGUUCUCUCUCUCUCUCUCCCCGCAAAGCCCUAAGUUUUCUCCUCUGAAAACCACGCAUACCUCGAUCCUUCUCUCUUGUGAUGGCGUCCGGAUCUUCGGUUCGGGCAAACCCGGGAUCCAAGGGUUUCGAUUUCGGGACCGACGACAUCCUCUGCUCCUACGAAGACUACGCGAACCAGGACUCCUCCAAUGGCGGCCACGGCGAACCGGUCAUGGCCUCCAAUACAGGCAAGGAUUUUCACAAAAGCAGAAUGGCAAGAUCAGCAAUGUUUCCUGCAGGCUAUAACCAACCAGAAGAUUUUUCCAGCCAAGAUGUGAUUGCAACCGUUGAAAAAAGUAUGAAGAAGUAUGCUGACAACCUUAUGCGUUUUCUUGAGGGACUCAGUUCGAGGCUGUCUCAGUUGGAAUUAUAUUGCUAUAAUCUUGAUAAAUCAAUUGGUGAAAUGCGGUCAGAUUUAGUUCGUGAUCAUGGAGAGGCUGAUUCGAAGCUUAAAUCUCUUGAGAAACAUCUUCAAGAAGUCCACCGGUCUGUACAGAUUCUAAGAGACAAACAGGAACUUGCUGAGACCCAGAAAGAAUUGGCCAAGCUUCAGCUUGCGCAAAAAGAGUCUUCUUCAAGCCACUCUCAGUCCAAUGAGGAGAAAGCUUCAUCAGCUGUAGCUGAUUUGAAAAAGACUGACAAUGCAUCUGAUGCGCACAACCAACAAUUAGCUCUUGCCCUUCCUCACCAGGUAGUACCCCAGCAACAACCUGUGUCACCCCCUCCCCAAGCACCCACUCAGAAUCUAACCCAACAACAGUCCUACUAUCUCCCUCCAACUCCGUUACCAAAUCCACCAGCCCAAACACAACACCCUCAGAGCCAAUAUCCACCUUCUGAUUCCCAGUACCGAACUCCUCAACUGCAGGACAUCUCUAGGGUGGCACCUCAGCCAGCUCAACCUCAAGUAAAUCAAACGCCACCAGUCCAAGCAUACCCUCAGUAUCAGCAGCAAUGGCCCCAGCAAUCACCACAGCCCCCACAACAACCCUCGAUGCAGCCCCAGAUCAGGCCAUCAUCAGCAGCAACAUAUCCUUCCUACCCACCAAGUCAACCAGCAAACCUAUCUCCUCCGGAAUCACUCCCAAACAGCAUGGCAAUGCAAGUGCAAUUUCCAGGAAUCCCUCAAUCCGUAUCAAGCCGUGCUGAUGCCAUUCCAUAUGGAUAUAGUGGGGCAGGUAGAACAGUCCCACAGCAGCCGCCUCAGCAAAUCAAAGGUGCUUUUGGAGCACAACCAGGCGAUGGAUAUUCAGCCCCUGGAUCCCAGCCCACACUUCCUCAGGGGAGUGCAUAUAUGAUGUAUGACAGUGAAGGUAGAGCACAUCAUCCACCUCAACUUUCUCAUUUCCCUCAAGGUGGAUAUCCUCCAACAAGUGUGCCUCUUCAGAAUCCACCACCACCAACAACAGGCCCCAAUCAUAUGGUCCAGAAUCCAAGCUAUUCACAGUUCUUUCGCAACCAUCCUUAUAGUGACCUGAUUGAAAAGCUGGUAAGCAUGGGAUACAGGGGUGACCAUGUUGCCAGCGUGAUUCAGAGGAUGGAGGAGAGUGGGCAACCUGUUGAUUUCAAUACUGUGCUCGACAGGUUGAAUGUGCAUUCUUCUGGGGGAUCUCAAAGAGGAUGGUGAGUGUGAAGAAAUUAUCCAAUGCUUGAACUUCGAAUUUCUGUGACAAUAAUCAUUGCGUGUUUUAGAAUGCAUUGAAUAAAAGGAUGUUGUGAUGUGCACGGUCUUCUUGUAUAUGUCGUUUGAGAGAGACCAAAUUCAUGUAUAAUUUUUCUUAUCCUUUGUCUGAUUACGUCCCUUAUUAUCUAGUAAUAGAAAGUUCCUUUUGGUUA